AUGGAGAGAAGAUCCGAACAACAAACCAGAUACCUAUAUCAUGGAAGCAAUGAUAUUGGAUCAACGUGUUCCCCGAGUACUGCCUUGUAUGUAGUAAACAGCAACGCCAAGAGGUUUCUACAAAUUUACCCAGAAGCAAGUAAAGCGAUCCUCUGCAGUGAAUACAUGGACGAUCUACUAGACUCUACUGAUACAGAAGAAGAAGCUAGAAUUAGAAUACAACAGAUAACAGAAAUUCACAAGUCCGGAGGUUUUAAAAUCUGUAACUGGUUGUCAAAUUCAAAAGAAAUUUUACUUGAAAUACCGGAAGAUUUGAAGACAAACUCUACAAAACUACUGCAACCUGAAAGUCGUCUACCUACAGAACGUAUCCUCGGAAUGUGGUGGGAUGCUGAAACUGACCACUUUUCAUUUCACCGGAACGCCGAAAAGGUACAGUUAGUUGAAACAAGGUAUCCGACCAAACGAGAAGUUUUAAGAGGAGCUAUGUCCAUUUUUGAUCCAUUGGGAUUAGUUGUACCUACUACUAUAAAAGGGAGAAUGCUUGUUCAGGACAUUUGGCGAACAAACAUAACGUGGGACGAAGUUCUUUCGAUAGAACUUAGUAAAAAAUGGCAAGACUGGUUACAAGAAGUAAAAUGUCUGCAGAGCUUCACCAUACCUCGAUGCUAUUUUAACGUCAAAACAAUUGAAGAAGUUGAACUCCAUACGUUUGUUGAUGCUAGUGAAGAGGCCUAUGUAGCAGUUUCAUAUCUACGCCAUGGAUGUGCCAGAGGUACUUACAAGACCAUGCUUGUUAUGGCACGUGCCAAAGUAGCACCACUCAAACAAACAACCAUUCCCCGACUAGAACUCCAAGCUGCUGUUCUUGGAUGCAGAAUAGCUUGUAGCAUCAUAAAAGACAUUGACUUAACUAUUUCUCGUCCGAUAUUUUGGUCAGAUUCUGUAACAGUUUUGCACUGGCUGAAAUCCGACCCUAGACAAUUCAAACAGUAUGUUUCCAAUAGAAUUGGAGAAAUUCAAGAUUUGUCUAAACCUGAAGAAUGGAGAUGGGUUCCAUCAAAACAGAAUCCGGCAGAUGUUGCAACUAGAAGUAACAAAAAGUUUACAUCAGCCAUGCAUUCUGAAGGGAUUCACGGACCCUCAUUUCUAAUGCGAGAAUCUAGUGACUGGCCAAUACAACCGUCCACACUACAAGUCAAGGAAAAUGAAGAAAGAAAUUCGUUGGAGUUGUGA